AUGGCCUCAUACUCAUCUUCCCACGCAUUCCCCAACCCUGGCUUUGCCAACUCGUACCAGCAGCAGGCGGCGGGACGCUCGACGCCAAUGCCUGUCAUGUCUCAACCUCAGAGCAACAAUGCUGGCUAUCUCGCACCGUCCGCUCCCCACACACAGACUCCCGCAAUGGGCUAUCCUACCCUUCGCUAUCACAGCAUGCAAGCUGACAAUGCCCGCGUCGGCGCUGUGAACAAUGUCGCUCUCCCGAUCCAAGCGCAGAAUCAACAGCUGCGGCGCUUUCAAGCGCAACAGCAGCAGCAAUUGCAACAGUUCCUGCAGUGGCAGAAGAAGCAAUUCGCAACCGCACUCCAGCAGCAGACGCUCCUACAGCAACAGAAACAGCAGUUCCCUCAGCCCAAUAUCCAACAGCAGCAGCAAUAUCGCCAGUCCCAAACGCCCGCCGCGUUCCCGAACCAGAGUGUCCCCCAGACCUACUACAACAACAGCCAGAGCAACCAGGUCAGCCAGAACAACCAAGUCAGCAACAACAACCAGGUCGGCUACAACAACAACCAAGCGGGCAAUAGCAACAACCAGGCGGGCGAGACAAACAACCAAGUCAGCUACAACAACAACCAGGCAAGCGAUAUCAUCAAUCAAGCUAGCAAUCCCGCUCCCGUCGCCAAAGUCGACAUCAGCCUCGACCCCGGCAACCUGCCUCCCAUACCGCCGCUCAUCGAGCCGCACCCGCUCACGAAAAACUUCGAAGACCUGCGCGUCCUGCUGCACCCGAUCCCGACGCACGUCAUCGAGCGGCUGAGCACGACGACGGCGUCCAGCCUGAUGCGCCUCUGCCUCGACUUCGAGUACCGCGACCUCUCCGCCGACUACCCCAUCGCGCUGCAGCUCGAGACCAAGGCCUGGCUGAUGCGCUACCUGCGCGACCUGAACGCCGCGCGCCGCACGAGCGGCGUCCGCCUGUGCAGGCACUGGCAAAAGCGCUUGUACGAGCAACACCGCCAGAACCCGAAGACCGGCCUGUACGAGCACGUGCCCGACGAGGUCGAGGUGGCUGGCGGCACCGAGAAGGAGUUGAAGAUGCUGGAUCACGAGGCGAGGGAGGUGCUGGGAAACACGCUGGCGCUGUUCGAAGAAAACAAGAAGGUGCUGAUUCCGCUGGUCCACCCCGACUGGAAGUUCUUGCAGUUGAGGCAGAACAGGGGGCCGAGUGCGAAGGAGUGGGAGGACUUUGUGGUUGAUGAUAUCGGUGACCUGAGGAGGAUGAAGGAGAAUGCCGAGAGGGAGCAGAGGGAGCAAGAGGACGUCUGGAACAAUCAGGCCAAUGGUUAUGGGGAUGUGGCCAUUGUUGGGUCCAGGAUUCUGAGUGGUGAGGAGGUGAGGAUGGUCGCGGAACAGAGAACCGCAGUUGCUGCUGGCCCAUCGUCGAAGCACAAGAGGAAGCCUAGUUCGAAGAAUAUCGCUUCUGGAAGCGCAACACCGAAAAAAUCAUCCAUGAAGCCGAAGGGCCAACAAAAGAAGAAUGGCAGGAAGAAGAGCUUAGUCGCUGCGAAGGACAAAGUUACUUCCCAGUCUUCCACGCCUGAGGCCGACAACUUACAGCUGACUUCAUCCCCACCGCCUCUUCCCGACUAUCCGGAUGACUAUGGCACUGGCAACAUGGCAACCCAGCGGGACAAGUACAGUCAAAUUCCGGUGGCUGCUUCUCCUGCUCCCAGUGCUUCUGUCGUCGCUUCUCACAACCAUGCUGCGAUGGCGGCUCUUCCAAGCAACAACACUGCCGCACAGUCAGCUUCACAGCUCCCGGACUACCCCGAUAUCUACGCCCCAGCCAUCCAGAGCACCAACCAGAACACCGCCAACGCCGCCGGACCUAACACACCCAUCCCUACUGUUACCAUCACCACCCCAGCGACGGCCAUGCCUGACUACCCACCCAUCUACACCACCGCGAGUACCAACCAGCACAACACCGCUGCUGCCGCCGGCGGACCUAACACAUCUGCUGUCACUACCACCAACACCUCGGCCUCAGCACCGCCCGACUAUCCGCCCAUGUACGCCACCGCAAGCGCGACAGAGACCGCCAGCAUCUCUCCCAGCAUCCAGCCCGCCGUCUCCGAAGCUGAUGCCACCCCUGCUGCGGACCCGCUGCCGCAGGUAGACGGCGGUUUCGAUCCCGAAGACGAUGGGCUGGACGACCUGUUCGAGGGCGAGCUCGACGAAUGA